AUGAAGCCACUCUUUGGCAGAAGCGUCUCAGCCAAGCUUACCAAGGACAACGACAUUCAUCUCAAGCGAAAGGGGAUAGUAAGGGCAUUUCUGCGGCGGUUCACGCAGGGGCAGCCCCGCAAACUGGAUAAUCUAUCGCCACAACCAUCGGGUUCACCUGAAAACUACGUGAUUGUUGUGUUAGGCCUGGCAGGUUCCGGGAAAAGCACAUUCAUCAAUUUGGCUACCAACCGGCGGACAACCAUUGCAGACAAACAAUCACUAGAAAUUGCAACAAAAUCCAUACAUUCGAUCUCAUAUACGCCCGAGCACCACGCAUGCACUUUCCACUUCAUAGACACACUCGGGCUGGACAUAGACAAUCAUCAAACAUGCCAAAUCUUCGAUCAGGUUGCUCAGUUGUCCCCCAGUCGACGGAUAGAUGCCUUGAUAUAUCUGCGGAGGAGCGAUGACCACCGAUCAGUUGACCCAGCUGUAGCAUACGCUCGCGUUUUUUUGUCUCUGGGUGGGGCGGACUGGAAGCGCAAGACCACGUUUGUUACUACGCAGUGGGGUACACCCACAAAGAAGGCAAUGCAGAUGGCAGGGAGACAGUCCAUUCUUUGGCGUGCAUCCCAAGCGCGAGUCGACCGGUUUUAUGGCCAAUACGCAGACGCCUGGCGUAUAAUCGACCGGAUGUAUAAUUCAGUUCACGUAAUAGCACUACUGGGAGCGUCAGGAUCCGGGAGAUCUACGUUUAUCAACACAGCUGCUGGAAGGCCUAUGCCUUCCGCUGACCCGAAUAAACCGACAUUGGAACCAAACACAAUGGAAGUCGAGGCUAUCCCGUACGAGCAAUCCACACGAGGGAGCGAGAUCAUCUUUAUCGACACACCUGAGCUGCAAAAUAUCGACCAAAUUCAGAUUGCCAAAGUUCGUGCGAGGUGCCCUAAGAGACGCGUGGAUGGUAUUAUCUACUUGCAGAAUAUUGGAGACAACCGAAUCCAACCGAUCACCACCUACGAAGGUACCUUCAAGGCCCUUGCUGGUGAGGAUUGGGCAAGGAAAACAGUUGGGGUGACUUCGAUGUGGCCGCUGGAUGACCAACCGGAGGGGCAGUUGCAAGCUAGACACGCUGAACUCGCUCGUCUUUGGAAAGCAGCAGGAAUGAAGGAAGCACAAUUUUCUAAGCAUAAAUGCAUACCUAUCACGACCCCCCGGCUUUCCGUUCCUCCAUGCUCGAGAAGGUCUAAUUUGAAUUGUAAAUUCUCAGACUCUCAAAACAGUGCCACGAUAUCGGACGAAGAGCCUCGGUAUAUUCGCAACUGCCAUGAGAAGAUAUUGGUCAAGAGCGCUGGCAAUGGUCGUUGA